AUGGGUUGUGGAUCUGCUAAGCCCCUUGAUGUUCAAGAUACUCAAUAAAUUAAAACUACAAGUAACCAUUCAAAAUCUUCAAGUUCUUCAUCAAUAACUUAGACUGAAACUACUAAAUUAUAUAGAAGAGGUUCUUUCAAUAUUAUAAUAUUUAGCAAAUCAUCUUAUAAAAAAUCAAAAGUAUGAUUAAGCAACACAACUUUUAGAAAGAAUUUUAGAAAUUGAUCCUGAGUAUAUCGAUGCAUAUUACUCUAAAGGUCACAUAUUUAAAUUUAUCACUCUCUAGGUAUCAUACAACUUGAUUCAAAUAAUCUAGAAUCUGCUUAAAAAUAUUUUUAAAUCACACUUGAAAAAUAACCAAAUCAUGCUCUUGCUCUUAAUGAAUUAGGUUUCAUUUCAUAUUUUAUAUUCUAGCAAGUAUAAUGAUUUAAAAUAAAUCUUACUAACAAGCUUUAGGAUUUCUAGAAAAAGGAUUUCAAUCUAAUCCUGGUAUACCUGACAUUAAUUAUGGAUUAGGUAUUUCAUUUUCACUUAUAAUUAGGAUAUGUUUUAUCAAGAUUAAAAAGAAAAAAUGAAGCAAUUCAUUAUUUUGAUUUAGCUAUUAAAUAAGAACCUACUAAUAAACAUUAUUAUGUUAGUAAAGCAACUACCUUAUCUGAUUUAUAAUAAUAUGAUAAUGCAUUGUAAACUAUUUAGAAUGCAUUAAACAUCGAUUCAGAAUAUAUUGAUGGAGUAUAAGCAUUAGGUAAAAUUAUAAUUUUAUCAUCUAGCAUAUAUCUAUCGUCAAUCUAAAUAAUAUGAUAAACUAGAAGAAGUCUGUAAUCAAAUUCUAAAGUUAGAUAAUCAAAAUUAUUUUGCCCUUAAUUGCAAACAAGAAAUUCAAAAAAAAUCAGGAAAGUAACCUCAAAUUCCAUUAAAAUAAAUUACUGUUGAAGAUUAACUCAAAGAAGGUUUUAUCUAAUCAUAAUUUUAUAGCUUUUUAAUUGUAAUAAGAUUAAAAGCUCACCUAAGCUUUAGAUCUCUUAAAUUCAAUCUUAGAUAAAAAUGCUUCUUUAUUAUAAGCCUUAAGAUUAAAAGCUUAAAUUUAAAUUUAAUUCAAAUUAUAAGCAGGCUCUCUCAUCACUCUUAAUUAAAUUCUCACCAUCUAACCUAAUGAUAUUGAUGCGUUAAAAGAAAAAGGUAUAAUAUUCAUUUAAUCAUUCCAGUCAAAAUUUUAGAAUACUUAAAUAAAAAUGAAGAACUCUUAAAAUGUUAUGAUUCUAUCCUUGCAUAAUAAUCAAAUUUUGAAAUAAUGGAAAAAAAAGGUUAAAUUAAAAAUUAUUCUUAGCCUCUAUUUUGAUUAAACUUGAUAAAAUUUAGGAAGCAUCACAAAUUUAUGAAUAUUUAUAUUCCUAAUCAAAUUAAGAUGAUCCAAAUAUUUUUAUUAUUAGAGGUAUACUUAAUUCUAAAUUAGGAAAGUUACUUUAAACAUAAAAAAAAUUUGAUGAUGCCAUUAUUUGCUUGAAUGAUGGACAUUCUAAAUUCCCAUUAAAUAUAGAAAUUUUAAAUUUAUUAGCACUUAUAUAUAAAAUUACAAUGAAGGAAUAAUUAGCUCUUGAAGUUUAUUAAAAAAUCCUCAAUAUUGUACCAUCUAAUUAAUAAUACUUAUAUGAAAAAGGUUUAAAAUUCUUUCAAUUAUGAUUAGGAUUAAUAUUGUUUAGAUUAAAUAACUUUAGUGAAUCAUUUGAAAUUUUUUCAUAAUUGGAAAAAAGCUAAUAUACCUAAAAGUUAGAUUAUUAUAUUGGAAUAUGUCAUAAUGAAAAAAAGGAAUAUUCAGAUGCCUUAAAAUAUUUAAAUCUAUAUAUUAAGAAUGGAAAGGAAGAUUUAGAAAAAGUCUAUUUUAUUGUAAUAUUCUUAUUAAUCUAGAUGGGUUAAGCCUAUCUAUAUUUAUUGAAUUUUGAUGAAGCAAUUGAAAGUUACUUACGUUGUAUCUAAUUGAAUCCUAAUAACGCUGAAGCAUAUUUUUAACUUGGAAAUGUAUAUAAAUAAGAUAAACUAUUGGAAGAAGCUAAGAAAGCUUAUGAAUAAGCUCUCAAGAUCGAUAAUCAAAAUAAUUUGUAUAAAUAAACAUUAGGUAUUUAUUGAAUAAUGAUACAUCUUAGAAAAUUUGAUAAAUGAAAAAUCAUAUUUAUAAGAUUAUAGAAAUAGUCUUCUUUUUACAUUGAUUACAUUCAUUGGAUGUUGCUAAUUGGAUCCAAAAGCUAAUGAUUAUGAGAAAAAGUAAAAUGAAAAAUAUUUAACUUUAUUAACUCUUCUGGAAACACAUUUAAAAAAAAGAUUCAAAAAAAUUGACAAACAUUUCGAACAAUUAAAAGAAUUGAUUGGAUAAUCAUAUGAUAUGAAACUAACCUUGAUUGAUGUUUCUUUAUUUCCUAUUAUGUAAUUUUGGCAUAAUUAAAAAAUAUGUAAAAAAAAGAAAGAUAACAAUGAUUUGGUAGUUUCUAUGAUAAAUGCUAUUAAUACAUUAAUUAAUUCAAAUAGCGAAAAGAUAUUGAAUUUUAUUUAGAAUGGGGAAUCUUUAAAUAAUCGAUUCUGUGUUGAUUAUUUAUCGAAAUGUCAACAUGAAUCAUAUUAAAAGAGAAGUGGAAAUAUAGGAUUGUUUGAUGGAAUAAAAAUACUCGGUUUUUUAAUAAAAUACCAUAAAGAAUUCAAUCAGGAAACUUAAAGUUUUUCUGAGUUUAUCGCAGACAAAUAUUUUGUUGAUGAAAUAUAGAUUUUUCAUGAUUCAUAUUAUCAUUAAAAUGGUUGA